AUGUUACGAUCUCCUUCUCGUGCAAUUUUGCGCCGCUCUAGGAAGCCUAUUUUGAACCUUUUUCAUGCCCCAAUAUACUCGAGGAUGGUUUCCACUUUACCUCCAGUCGAGCCAAAAGUUUCCGCCCGUUUGCCCUCCGAUUCGUUUCAACUAUUAGCCAACUCAGAAAAAGCCGGGGAAGCAGAAGAUGCAUUAUUCGCCGAACAGGUUCGGGAAAUCCGAAAGUGGUGGGCAAGUCCUCGGUAUGAAGGCAUCAAACGCCCAUAUUCAGCAGAGGACGUCGUGAGCAAGCGAGGGGCGUUGCAGCAAACAUACCCCAGCUCUUUGAUGGCAAGAAAAUUGUUUAAUCUCUUAAAAGAAAGAGCAGCAAAUGGAGAGCCUGUUCAUACGAUGGGCGCCAUUGACCCCGUCCAGAUGACCCAACAAGCUCCUCAUCAGGAAGUUCUCUAUAUCUCCGGAUGGGCUUGUUCUUCCUUGCUCACGACUACCAAUGAAGUAUCGCCUGAUUUUGGUGAUUACCCAUACAAUACAGUUCCAAAUCAAGUCCAACGACUGUUCAAAGCACAGCAACUACAUGACCGAAAGAACUGGGAUGCAAGAAGAAAGAUGUCACCCGAGGAGAGAGCAUCGACACCCUUUCUAGACUAUCUCCGCCCAAUAAUUGCUGAUGGAGAUACUGGGCAUGGCGGGCUUUCUGCUGUUCUUAAACUCGCAAAAUUGUUCGCUGAGAAUGGCGCCGCUGCUGUUCAUUUCGAAGACCAACUUCAUGGAGGUAAAAAAUGUGGCCACCUUGCUGGAAAGGUGCUGGUCCCAGUUGGCGAGCACAUUAAUCGCCUUGUAGCGGCACGAUUCCAGUGGGAUCUGAUGGGCUGCGAAAAUCUGGUGAUUGCUCGAACCGACUCGGAGAGUGGAAAGCUUCUAAGUAGUGCAAUUGAUGUGAGAGAUCACGAAUAUAUCCUCGGUGUAACUGAGGAUGUAGAACCCCUUGCGGAAACCCUACAAGCAAUGGAGUUGUCUGGUGCGACUGGAUCCGAAAUUGACAAGUAUGAAUCCGAGUGGGUGAAAAAGCACAAGCUUGUUACAUUCGAUGAAGGUAAAGAAUCUGCUAUGAUCGAGGAGUAUGUCAGCAAAGUCCGCAGAGAUCGAAACAUGCCAUUGCAUCGCCGUCGCUCGCUCUCUUCGCAGUAUACUGCAUCACCCGUUUUCUUCUCUUGGGAUAUUCCUCGUACAAGAGAAGGUUUGUAUCAUUACAAAGCGGGUCUUCCUGCAGCCACCAAACGAGCCAUAGAGUUUGCUCCUUAUGCGGACCUGCUGUGGUUGGAAACGGGAGAUCCAAGUGUCGACAAAGCAUCUAAGUUUGCCGGGGAGAUUCGAGAGAAAUGCCCAAACAAGCAGCUCGUAUAUAAUCUUAGUCCCUCAUUUAAUUGGAUGGGACAAGGUUUCACCGAAUCGGCUUUGAAGUCAUUCAUAUGGGACUUAGCUAAGCAUGGAUUUGUUCUUCAGCUCAUUUCUCUUGCUGGCCUUCAUUCGAAUGCUACCAUUACCGCUCAACUUGCCAAGGAAUUCAAGACGGAUGGUAUGCUUGCGUAUGUGAAGCUGGUACAAAAUCGGGAGCGGGAGAUGGACGUGGACGUCUUAACUCAUCAAAAGUGGAGCGGGGCCCCGUAUAUGGAUGGAAUCAUGGGCGCCAUCCAGAGUGGAAGCAGCGGAAGUAAAAGUAUGGGAGAAGGAAACACGGAAUCAGGUGUAAUUUUGAGGAGAAUGCCCCACCACACUUCUCCACCUCCUGCUCCAACCAUGAUUGCAAAGUCAUCAGAGCCCGGCCCUGCGCCGACUCAAGAGGAAGUCUCCUCGGUCCUGAACAAGGCCUUCGCAGCAGAGACCUCGCAAAAUUCACUCGAUGCCGCUUACGCUCUGACCGGCCUGUUGCUCAACUCGGUCGGCUUUCGGGGCCUCAAUGGAUAUGGUGUAAUCGCAGAGGUCAAGAAAGCUGCUACAGAUAAGAAGAGUGGCCCUCGCCGCGAAAGCGCCAUGAUCCUGCUAGGUGCUCUUUUCGAGAAGUUUUCCCUUCAGCAACCGAUCAGCGAGGUCAUUUUCCUCGUCCAGGAUGGCGGACUCGUCCCCCUUGCCCUUGAUGCGCUGGCCGACAAGGGCGGAGUGGUGCGCGAGUCUGCUCAGUAUGCACUCGAUGCGCUCUUCGCCAACCUCAAGCCGGAGGCUCUGGUUGUCGGCCUCUUGCCCGUCCUUUCUCAGUAUCUGCAAAAGAUGACCGGAAAGUGGCAGAGCGUCGUUGCCGCUCUCGAGUUGAUUGGCCGUAUGGCCGACAAGGCUAAGAUCGGAAUGGGUACCAAGGAGGAGGAAGAGCUCAAGGACCUCUUGCGUGAGGCUAUGGGUAGAAGACUUGAAGGUCUUAUCCCAAUUGUCGAGAACGGCAUGCACGAUUUGAAGGCUGAUGUUGCCAAGCAAGCUGUCAAGACUAUGAACUCUUUGACUACCCUAUUGUCCAAUGAUGAUGUCGCUCCGCGGAUUCCUCUCAUCAUCAAGACAAUGCAGAACCCCUCUACCGAAACCCUUCAGAAAGCCAUUCUCGCUCUCUCACAGACCACCUUCGUUGCCAUUGUUACUUCGCCGGUUUUAGCCCUCUUGACGCCUCUGUUGGAACGUUCACUGAACACUCCGACCACUUCCCAAGAGGUUCUUCGCCAAACCGUGGUUGUCGUCGAGAACUUGACCAAGCUCGUCCAUGACCCUGCCGAGGCAAGAGAGUUCUUGCCCAAGCUGCAACCCGGUGUCAAGCGUGUCCAGGAUGGCGCUUCGUUGCCUGAAGUUCGUGAGUUGGCCGCCAGUGCCCUUGGGGUCAUCCACAAGGCCAUGGGUGAUAAUGAAAGCAACAUUGCCAAUGGAGCCAUCUCCAGAACGACUGCCGACGAAGUUUCCAGCGAGCUUGACAAGGCUCUUAAAGCUCAAGGUGCUCAGAUUGAUGAGCAAUCCGACGGUGCAACCUGGAAAUCGCUCAAGGAAUACAUGUGCGAGAUGGCACAGGAAGGCAUUAACAUCCGUCAGCUCGGUCGAAUCCGAGUCUGCAUCGCGCCGUACCUGCGACAAUUAAUUUCCGGUGAGCAGGCUGAGGCAGUCGCCGAAGCUGUUGAGAAGUAUUUCGUCGAGGAGGAUGACCGCAAAUAUGGCAAGCCGAUUCAGGAAGAGGGCGAAGUCGAAGUUGUCAAUGCCAAUUUCUCGCUCGGAUAUGGAGGUAGACUCUUGCUUUCCCACGCCAACCUGCGCCUUCUCAAGGGUCAUCGUUAUGGUCUUUGCGGUCGCAACGGCGCCGGAAAGUCAACUUUGAUGCGCAGCAUUGCUGAAGGCAAGCUUGAAGGUUUCCCCAGCCCUGAUGAGCUCAGGACCUGCUUCGUCGAGCAUAACCAGGGUGAGGAUGCUGAUCUUAGCAUUCUUGAAUUCUGCGCCAAGGAUCCCGAACUCAUCUCAAAGGGCCGCGAGCGUAUCUCCGAGGUCCUUAGCGAGGUCGGAUUCACCUCUGGACCUGGUGGCCGUCAAGAGCAAAAGGUCGGGUCUCUGUCUGGUGGCUGGAAGAUGAAGCUGGCAUUGGCUCGUGCCAUGCUCAUGGGCGCUGAUGUCCUCCUGCUUGACGAACCGACCAACCAUCUCGAUGUUGCCAACGUGCAGUGGCUGCAGGAAUAUCUCAAGCAGCACACUGAGAUCACCAGCAUGAUCGUCAGUCACGACUCUGGUUUCUUGGAUGCUGUUUGCACCGACAUUUACCACUACGAGGGCAAGAAACUCGUGUCCUACAAGGGAAAUCUUUCCGAGUUUGUUGAGCAGAAGCCUGAGGCUAAGAGUUACUAUACCCUUUCCGCCACCAACGUUCAGUUCAAAUUCCCUCCCCCGGGUAUCCUCACUGGCGUCAAGUCCAUGACUCGGGCUAUCCUUCGAAUGACCAACUGCAACUUUACCUACCCAGGAGCACCUAAGCCAUCCAUGACGGAUGUCUCCUGUCAAUUGUCGCUCUCUUCUCGUGUCGCCAUUAUUGGUGCCAACGGUGCUGGAAAGUCGACUCUUAUCAAGCUCUUGACCGGCGAGACAAUUCCACAGACAGGAAAGGUUGAGAAGCACCCCAACCUUCGUAUCGGUUACAUCAAACAGCAUGCUCUUGAGCACGUUGAGAUGCACCUCGAGAAGACUCCCAACCAAUACUUGCAAUGGCGGUAUGCCAAUGGUGACGACCGAGAAGUGUUGAUGAAGCAAACCCGUGUUCUCACUCCCGAGGACAAGGCUCAACUGGAGAAAUUUGUCGAUCCUGGCGAUGGCAGGGGUGCUCGACGCAUCGAAAACUUGAUUGGUCGACAGAAAUUCAAGAAGUCUUUCCAAUAUGAAGUUAAAUGGGUUGGAAUGCUUCCCAAGCACAACAGCAUGGUUUCUCGUGAGACCCUCAUUGAAUGGGGCUUCACCAAGCUCGUCCAGGAGUUUGAUGACCACGAGUCGUCGCGAGAGGGUCUCGGUUACCGUGAACUUCAGCCCAAGGUCAUCUCGAAGCACUUUGAGGAUAUCGGUCUUGAUCCCGAUAUCGCCAACCACAGCCAAAUCUCUGGUCUCUCUGGAGGUCAAAAGGUCAAAGUUGUCCUUGCUGGUGCCAUGUGGAAUAACCCGCAUCUGCUCGUUCUUGACGAGCCGACUAACUUCUUGGACCGUGACUCCAUGGGUGGUCUCGCUGUAGCCAUUCGCGAAUACAAGGGUGGUGUUGUCAUGAUUUCGCACAACGAAGAGUUUGUUGGUGCUCUUUGCCCCGAGCAAUGGCACGUCGCCGAUGGUCGUAUUGUCACCAAGACUAACGCUGCCGUCUCGCUUGACCGAUUCGAGGACAGCAAGCCGGGAAGCAGUGUGGCUUCGAGUGCUGUCUCGAGCGCCACUGCCAGUGCCGCGCCUAGUGCUGUCAACUCGGGCGCUGAAGACAACGGCGAGAUGAAGUUCAAGGCCAAGAAGAAGAAGAAGAUGACCCGUGCCCAACAAAAGGAGCGUGAGGUGCGUCGUCGUCUCCGUCACAUUGAGUGGCUCAACAGCCCCAAGGGCACACCGCAUCCCCCGGAUACCGACGACGAUGCGGAGUAA